AUGGCAUACAGCCGGUUUCGGCAACAACACCCUGACUUUCAACCACAUGGGCCGGCUUUCAACGACGAAGAUGGAGUACCGCUGUACGAAGCGCCCUAUCAGGACCUCUUGGCUGAAAUUGUGAGACGAAAUGACGUCGCGUCUCUUCUUCUUUAUAAUGAUAGCCCCAACACGACCGUCUUUUGGAAAGCAUACCAGACGUACUACUGCCAUCCGCUCAUCAACGCGACAGAAAGCGGUAGCUUUAACGUGCUUAAGACCCUACUAAAGAUUUAUCUGGCGGAUUCAACCCUCACAGAGCCCAUCAAUGCAUAUCUCGAGCGCGUUCACAGUUCUCCGAUCAAUGACGCGUGCGCGGCUGCAGACCGUGAGCUAAUGCUGUGGUUGCUACACCAAGACCCGCCGUUGGGGACGUUGCACGACCGAUCGGUGGAUGGGGAAACACCCCUGUUCAGUGCGGCUAGAGCACUAGGCACAAACGAUAUUGAUGUUGCCGGCACGAUCGCCUCCAGGCAUCAAAAGAGAGAUCAAAGUGUACGAUCUGAAGACUUCAUCUGCUUUCUUCUGGACAAAGGCUGCUCGGUCCCAAAUUCUGAUUUCUAUGUGCACUAUCAUGGGACGAAAAAACCAUCUCACUUAGACCUACCACGAGCCGAGUUGUCAGAUACUGUGCUCGGUGCCGCCAUCCCCCACGCAAGCUAUCAAAUGGUAUCUCGUCUGAUUGCCGAGGGAGCCAACAUUUAUGCCCGGCAGAAGUGGCACAAUAACAAUGGGGUCCGGUUUUCCGGUGACCAAGUGACCGUCGUGCAUAUCGCAGCUCAUUUCUGGAAUCUAGAGGCGAUGAAGGCGCUGGCGGAUAAUUUCGGCCAGGCGGGUCUCGCAGCGAUGAGUUCAAUGACCGAUGAUGCUGGACGACUUCCACUUCACUGGGCAUUGAACGGGUAUUGGGAUAAUCGGACGGAAAUGGACGACUGGGAUGAUCAAGAAGAGAUUACAGAUCACAUUAUACGUACUAUCGAAAUGCUCCUCGAGGGCAACCCAGACGCACUCAGUAUACGAGACCAGGAGGGCGCAAAUGCAUUUCAUUAUGCGGUCACCUGCAAUUCGAGCUUAGCGGGCAUUUUACCCGUUGUCAAGAUGCUCCUUGGUACUAAACCGCCCCCUUUGAUACUCAGUGCCCGCAAUCACCUCGGCUGGACAGUCUUAGAGACUGCAAUUGAUUCUUAUGGAAGAGUCCGACGAGGCAAUCCUAGUGUCCAAUUCUUGGAUAUGCUUAUUGCCUUACUCGAACAUGGAGCUGAUGGCCGCACAUGUAAUGCCCAAUCACAGAACUUGUUACAUAAAGUGGCGAUGUGUUUCCGCGACACCGGUUGCGCAGAUAUUCCUAUCAUUGAAAAGCUACUGGAGUAUGUCAACGUCAACGAUGCCGAUGUCGACGGCCAUACACCACUUCAUUUCAUGGUCCGGCAUCUAAGUCGGGUCAACGCCGUACAACAUCUCAUCGUUCGGGGCGCGAAUGUUAAUGUGGUCGACAACAAAGGGAAUUCGCCUCUCCAUGAGGCAAUGCGCGGUCAACUAGUCUCCAGUCUGCCGAGUGAUCAAUCAAAAACAUCCCGGGAAAAGAUGAUCAAAGUCUUAGUGGAUGCUGGGGCCUCGAUGUAUCAAUCAAAUGCAGCCGGCCAGACACCACCACAGCUGCUUCAUGAACUGACGGAAAUGGAACGGCGAAGAGCACAGAAUUUCGGGGGCCGUCGGGGACGAGGACGAGGCGGGUAA